AUGAACUUUCAAGUAACGGUGUCUCUAACACCCUAUGAUUUAGCGGUCUUAGUUUUCAUUUACUUGCAUUGUAUCCAAGGAGCCAGUAUCCCAUGGGAAGUAUUUGAAGAGCUCAUUGGUCCAACAAUCGAAUCAAGUUCCUUUGAUCCACUUAUUAAUCGAGAUUCUGUCUACAAUGGUCUUACUCAACCUUUAAUACCCGACUUGGAAGUGAUAAUUGAACGUCUGUCAAAAAUUGAAGGCAUGGAUAGCAUCUUAAUGGAUUAUAUCAGUUGCAUCACAUCUAUAAAUACAUUAGAAACGUUCUAUAAUAUGCUAAAAGCGCUCAAUGUGUUGUGUUUAGUGAAAACUUCUAAAGAAAUAACAGAGAGAAAGAAGUUUAACCCGUCAGCUAAUAUUGUGUACUUUACGGAAAGAAGUUUCUUAGGAAAAUAUGUGGUAAACUCUUUAAUGAAGGUUGAAAUAGGUGGAUUUGAAGAUAAGAAUCUUUUACUACAUUGUUUCAAGAAGUUUGUCUAUGAAUUCAAACAAGCAAAUAUAUACAUGGCUUUCAAACCAUCCAUCAGGGAUAUAAGUACAUCGUUAAUAUCAUGGGGAUUGAUAUCUAAUGAAUACAAAGAAGAUGAAAAAAUGAUUGAUAUAUUUAGCAAUUUUACUAAAACUUUGGAACGUAGUGAACCUCCAGACCUUACAAUUACCACUAAUCAUUUAGAGAAUAUUUUAGAUUGGUACUUGUACAAUUUAAUAAAUGGUACGGUCACUUUUAAAGAUGACCCUUCAUACAAUUUCGUACAAUCGAUUAUCGAUAACAUAACGUUGCAUAAUAAAAGCCUUUUCCCAAGAAUUCACAUAAUACAAUAUUUGAAGUUCCUAGAAACUAAUUCGUAUGAAGAUGCAUUCAGGUCUCUGCACAACUAUUUUGAUUAUGUUCUAAGUCAGAAUACAGAUGCAUAUUUUCAUAUUUCUUCAUUAUGCUUAGCAGCUUUCUAUGUACACUUUCAUGAUGCAGACCUUGCAAUUAAAAGUUUUGACGAAGCAACAAAGGUUGCAAGAGAAAAUAGGGAUUCAAUUACUUUGAAUUUAAUAAUAGUGCGGAUAAUAAAAUUUAUUGAAAGUUAUCCUGAGCAUUCCGCACAAUUUAAUGUUAAAGUCGAGCAGAUAACAAGAUUUCUAAAAUCUAGUUCGGAUUCUAUCGAUGCGUCAAUAUUUGAAAAUGCAUAUAGAUUUGAUUCGGUAACGUUAUUUAGACGUCAAGAUGAUUUGAUUUCCAUGUUUGAAGCAAUUUAUAAAUAUACUGUACUUUCCAUGGAACAAUUAAAAUCAGAAAGAGGUUUAAACAACCUAAUGCAGUUCAAAGCAAACUUUUGGAACGAACUUGGGUUUUCAUCUCUUGGAAACAUAUAUGACGGCUUUUCUAAACCAAGCGUAGCAGUUGAAGAACUUAAUCAAAUGUACCAAAGCCUUGAAUCGGAUAAUCUAGAUAUCGUUAAGCGAUAUUUGAAGACUACAAAUUUUAAACUUCUGAAUUACAAUGAGCGAAUGAGCACAAAGAUGUUACAAGUACGGUAUCUGAGAAUCAUUGGAGAGUAUGAUUUAGCAUUAACAAUAAUUGAAGAAUGUUCAAAACAGUGUGUUUCUGUAUGCUCUGAUUAUAGAAUGAAAACUAAUUUUGAAAUUGAAAAAUGUCUUUUAUUUUUGGAUGCAGACCUUGGUAGUAGAUGCUUACAUCUUGCGACUAACUUGUUAGAGUAUAACCAAUUAAUUCAGAACGGACCAGGUGUUGUUAGAUGUGUUUUCAUUUUAUUCAGAAUAUUAAAGAGAAAUGGUAAGAUUGAAGAAGCACAUCAAUUGUUGGAACAAAAUAUGGUUAAUAUCAUGCAAUAUCCCAAAUUCAGAGAGCAAGUUUUAUCCUAUUAUAAAGAAAGAAAUCUGAUUGCUAUAUCGACAUGA